GUAUAAGAAAAGAGAGAAAAUAAAAAGUUUUUUUCUUUUUGCCAAUUUUGGAUUCUGGUGGUUUUCAGAAAAACAAAACAAAGAUCACGAGUGUCACUUGUGUCCUCUGUAACCGUUUCAUUUGCUCAAUUACACAGAGACCAAAGAAAAAAGACAGAACAUAACACAAAAAUAUUCAAUUGUUUUUGCUCUCUUUCUUCUUCUUCUUCACUGAGAAUCUACGAGGAGUUACACUAACAAUGGAUUCUGAUCUUUACAUCUUUGAUGGGUCUUCAUCUUCUUCUUCAAUCUGCCACAGUACUGAUCCAGAUAUGUUUUCUUCCGACACAACAACAACAACAGAUCUCUUCUGCAACAAUCCUUACCUCAAUCCAUUAAUGGAUGAUCAUCAAUCUUUUAAUCUCUUUGAAAGUUUUACCCCGACGACGAGUCACCAUCUCCUCUCUUCUUCUCCACCAAUCUCUCAGCUCCAAACCUUAACUCUCUCCCACACAAACAGUUUCCCCAACUUCUCCGCUUUCGAAAGCUUCGACGCCGUCAAAACAGAGCAGCUCUUGUUUAACACUCAAUUUGAUGCUCCCAUCAUGGAAGAUUCCUUCCAGAAUCAGAAUUUAUUAAACUCGCCGGAAGAUUCCUUCUUCUCCGGUUACAUGCGACGAGGUUACAGCACCGGAGAUUUACAGAAUUUGAGAAGGGAUUUUACGGGACAGAGAUCAUACUCGAGUCCUUUGGCGGUGGAGAGUUCAUCAACGACACUGUUUUCCGGGGAAGAUCAAAGCUUGAAGGUGGGGCGUUACAGUUCUGAAGAACGUAAAGAAAAGAUCUCAAAGUAUAGAGCUAAACGAACACAGAGAAACUUCACCAAAACCAUUAAGUAUGCAUGCCGGAAAACGUUGGCGGACAACAGACCAAGAGUACGUGGCAGAUUUGCAAGAAACGACGAAGUUUUGGAGAACCCCAAGAUCGCUUCUUCCUUCACUGGACAAGAAAACGACGACGACCUUUGGAAUUUGGAUGGGUUGCAUGAGGAAGAAGAAGCUUGUGUGAACUUAGUGGAGUCUCAGCCUCAGUCUCAGUUGCAAAUGCAAUACAUGACAAACUCCUUAUGGUGAAAGCCUUAAAAUUUGAGAAGGAGGAGCUGAAUAUAUUUUUCCACCGUUUUAAUUAAGUUAGUAUGGAUCAGAAGAAUCAAAUCAUUUCGUAUUAAGCAAUUCAUGGUAGUGAUAUUAAUGGUUGGAUUUACAUGAAGUUGAGUAAUCAUAACUGUAAUCUUUUGCACUGUAAACGUCUCAAAAUGGUAUAAAUAUCCGGCUUGUUAAUUAUA